CCCGUGUGGGUACAUUGUGUGAUAAUGUCAAAAGUAUCAGAUAAUUCUCUACAACGCUGAACAAAAUGUCAUCGAUUACAGUAAUGGAAGAAGAAAGAAACUCUUCUAUAAAUUCUACAGGAGUCGAAACUUUGUUCCAGACGUACCCUACAUCUCUAUUGUACUUUACUGCAACUUGCUGUAUUGCAUUUACCAUUUUUGGAAUAUUCGGAAAUUCGUUAACAAUCCUCGCUCUGUUGAAGUCCCCUCUGAUGAAAAACGCGACCUCGGUCUUCAUCAUCAACUUAUGUAUCGUCGAUGGAUUAUAUUGUUCGUUUUCGUUCCCUCUUGCUGCUUCUACGAUGAUCCACAAGUCUUGGCCCUUCAGUGAUUCAUUAUGUAAAUUCUACCCCAUGGUACGAUACUCUAACGUGGCUCUUUCACUAUUUACAGUCAUCGCCAUCACUAUCAAUAGGUACGUUAUCAUCGUUCAUUCGAAAAGUUACGAUAAGAUAUAUACCAAAACCACGAUAGCCGCAAUCAUUAUCUGUAUUUGGAUCGGAUCCUUUCUACUCUUAACACCAACUGCUCUAGGAGUUUGGGGUGAAUUCGGCUUCAGUUAUGAAGUGAGCCUUUGUACCAUCCUGGAAAAGAAUGGCAAAUCACCUAAGCGUUUCUUAUACGCUUUCGCAUUCCUCUUCCCGAGUUUGGUCUUCAUAUAUUGUUACACUAGAAUAUUUUUAACUGUGAGAAAAUCGGAAAGACAAGUAAGAUCAGAUUACGGUUCGGUACGCAAAGAAAUGGAGAAAAAGAGCUUCUGGAAGAAAUUAUUUUGCUUUCGCGACAAUGAGGAAGAAACAGAUUUGUCUGUCGAAGGUAGAAAGAAAAAGAAGAAGUUAACCAAAGAUUUACGCCUAUUGAGAAUGAUCCUCGUCAUUUUUAUUAUUUUCUUAAUUUCUUACACUCCGAUUGUUUUCGUAAAACUCUUCAAAAAAGAAAAAGAUCUUCCAGUUUUGGCCAUGUUUGCAUACCUCGGAAUUUACUCCACUGCAAUUGUUAAUCCAAUCAUUUAUGUACUGAUGAGUAAAGAGUACAGAAAAGCAUACUUGAAUUUAUUUAUAAAAUCUGAGAAGACGAAUUUCAGUAGUACAAGUAACACAUAAAUCAUCUUCAUAUGAUCGUUCAGGAGGAAAAUGCUGAAGUAUGUUUACUAGACUUAUCUAUGAAUCUUCUGUCUUCUGUAAUUAUGUUUAUAUUUGUACUGUAUAUUUGAACUUAUAGAUCAAAAUAGAAGAAUAGAUUUAAGUAAAGUAACUCAUAACAGGCCUCAUAUUUUGAAGGCCCGAUGCAAAAUAGAAAUGCAAAGCCUUUGAAGACGUAACCAUGCGUUGGGCUCAUGAAGCUGGCUUUAUGGAUAAAUCUCACACUUGGUUACUAUUCGAUCUUGUGGACCUUUUAUCAUAAAUGUUAUUGCACUGUAAACGAUUAAAAAAAUGUGUAAUAGUAUUUGUUUUUUGCGCUAUCAAUAUCUGAAUAUAUAAUGAAUCAAAUUUGUUAUCAAAAUAUUAAU